CGUGCACCGGCUACAGCAACAACACCCAUAGUCAUGUCGUCGCCAACACGGCGCCGUGCCCAUGUUCCCAGAUGGUCCAGCAUCCCCACCGAGCUCGCGGGCGUCGUGCUCCGACGCCUCCCCAGCCACGCCAACCGGGUCCGCUUCGCAGCCGUCUGCAAACAGUGGCGCGCCUCCGCGCUGCAGAGCUCUCCGCCCUCGCACUACCCGUGGCUCGCCUUGCCUGACCGGACAUUCUACAGCCUGCCGGGCUCCGCCUUCCGGCCGCUGCCGCUCCACCUCGACCGCCACCGGCAACUGCCGCACGCGCAUAGCUCCUGCGGCGAGUGGCUCGUGUUCGAGCGCUACGACGGCGCCUACACGCUGGUCAGCCCCUUCUCCAUGUCCACCACCAUCCUGCUCCCUGGCCUCUCCGACACAUACGCCCCCAACGUGCCUCUCCUCGUCGCCAACGACCAGCCGAAGCCGAACAUGCUGAAGCUCGUCGUGUGCUCCCGCGACCUUGUCGCCGCGAUCAUCAACGACGAGGGAUGGAUGUAUAAUAAGCUCGCCUUGUGCCGUCCAGGGGCGUCCUCGUGGAGGUCGAGCACCCCCGACCAGCUUUGCGACCUCCAAGACAUAGUAUCAUGCCAGGGAAAGCUCUACGCCCUCGACAAGUUCAACGGCCUCUUCUCCGUCUCCAUCUCCGUUUUUGGGAACAUGCGCACCGGUAGCGGUGAGCCCAUCGUGUCACAGGUCGAGCACCUCCUGUAUAGGCCCAGAGGGGUCCUCAGACACUCGUCGCGAUACCUGCUAGAAUCUAGCGGCACGCUGCUGCUGGUCUGCAGGGAGGACGCGAUGCCCGAGCAGUGCAGCAGCACCUCGAUGAGUGCAGUCAUGGACGGGCUGGAGCUAGAGAUGGAGAUGGAGUUCGAGUUACUCAAGGCCGACUUGGAGAGGUCGCGAUGGACCAACGUAAGCAGUGUGGGCGAUGACCGGGUGCUGUUUGUCGGGCCAUGGUGCUCCCGAGUUCUUCAUGUUACGGGCGAGCAUGACCCUAUCUACACAGCCGGGAACCGUAUCUUCUUCACGGUUAGCGCGAAAAGAUACAACCGUUGUCAAUACUACGGCAAACAGGAGCCCUUCUACUGCAUCGUCUACGAUAUGAGGACGCAGCGGUCCGAGUUGUUCCUCAAGACGCCGGUGCGGCCGUUAUUAAUGGACUUCCCGGUGACGUGGCUAUUCCCUCCAAGUCAUGGAUAGCCGUGACUGAAUGGCGAGUCAUAUGUAUACUAGCUUGUUCUAAGAUUUCGCAUCAAUGUACUCUAGAAGUCUAGGUCUUUUAUAAGUAGAAUUUAGAAGCUUUAACAAGAAAUGAUGUGUGUUAGAU